AUGAUGAUGACGAUGAUGGUGUGUCGUUGCUGGCGACGGACUCGUACGCGGGGAGGGAGUCGACCGACGUGGUCGCCGAGGGCGCGUAGCCGCGCAGCUCGACGUACUCGCCGUCGGUGGCGUCCUGAUACUCGGGCGGGAGGGAGGAGCGCCGGCGGCGGAGGAGAGAAGCCUUGCUCUCGGCAGUGUGAACCUCGACGCUCGUCAUUGCUGCGGCGGGGUUUGUCGCUGGCGUUGACUUGUAGUAGAAGUGAUCCGCGUGGAUUGCGUAAAUGCGAAAGGCGCGCUCUUGGCGUAUGA